AUGGAGUCUCCCAAAUCGGCAUCGAUGUGGAAGAAAAUCCAAACGAAGCUGGGACUGAACAUCCCCAUCUUGCUGUUGAUGUUCAAAUAUCAGAGCGACGCUGUGGCACGACAAUUUUCUACCAUCGGCUAUCUCAUCCCCAUAAUGUCGAUUCUCACGAUUCCAGUCGCUCCACGAGCCCGAUUCUUUCAAAAUCUUAUAGUGUCCACGCUGUCGGUUGGUUUCGCAGUCGCAUUGUCUUUCUUAUCAAUGUGGUGUGCCGUCCGGGCUCGCGCAAAUACCACCCAUAUACCCCAGGGAGCCAACAGUGCUGGCCCGGUUGCUGGUGCUCAUGUUAGCCCUUAUAACGCCGCUGCGAGUGUUAACAUGGCAAUAUGGUUGGCAUUCGAAGUGUGGUUGGCAAAUACGUAUGUCUCAGCAGCGGUCAAUGUGUUAAUUAUUCCACUCACAUCUCGAAAGCUUGUCAGCAUGCACAUGAUGGCGAAUUUCGAUGCGAUUCAGAGAACAUUGGAUGCCCAACGUGAAUUUGCGCAAGCCUUAUGCUCGCGUGACUGGGGUUUUGUCCAUGGUGACCCAGACGCCUCCCAACAGGAGCAAUCACCUUCAUGGCCAGAAGCAAACACUCUAAAAAGUGCAACAAUGGAAACUACCAGAACACUUGGAAGGAUAACAUCGGAAUUGCGCUACGCCAAACGCGAGGUUGAUUGGGAUUACCUAGGGCCCAAAGAUCUAGCGAACAUCACUCGCCUAUUGAAGAAGGUAUUGGCCUCAAUGGUGUGGAUGGAGUCACUUGUCGAAGUCUCCAGACGUAUCCCUCGUUUAGUGAGCGAGAUGGCGAACAUCUCUCGUGAAGAGGAACAGCAGAAAUUGUGUUGGGUAUUUGAGCAAAGGCGCCGCCCCACUGAACAACUCAUCCAAGCCAUGAAGGAAGGUCUCGACCACUCCGUGCACAUUCUUCGCCUCGGCAAAGCGCGAGCGGUAUCUGAAUCGGACAUUGAAGCCAAUAGGGAUCAUGCGAGCUCACACUUGGAAGAUAUGAUUGAACGUUUCCUUCAGGGAAGGGAGGAUCCAUUAGGGACCUGGCUUUCAUGGACGGGAAUAGAUCAAUCUUCUGAAACACCUACGGGGGUAAAUUCUCAGCAACGCGAACGGUAUCAAUUUCAGCUCUUCUUUCUCCUUGAUAUGGAAUCUUCGCUCAUUUCGACCGCGAGAAGAAUCCUAGACCUGAUCAAAUACGCGGGUUCAAAGGUGGACGAUGGUACCAUGGGUAAAAAGAGACUGGUGCACCCAACAUGGAAGCUGAUAAAAAAAUGGUUCUGGGCCGCAUUGUCUAGGGAGGAUCAAGAAUUGGAUUAUUAUCAGUACAGCAGAAGAUCCGGAACUGUCAGGAUAUACCUGAACGAUGUCAUACAGACUGGUACAGACCCAGAACAUCUUCUCCCCAAAAGCACGUGGGAGAAGAUUGGUGAUAACUUCCGGAGAGGCUAUCACUUCUUUGGUUCGCCUGAAUCCGUGUUCGGCUUCCGAGUAGCCGUGGCUACCAUGACUGUUUCACUCGUUGCCUUUCUCAGAAACUCGCAACACUUUUACAUCCAGCAACGUCUCAUCUGGGGUUCGAUAAUGAUUGCAAUUAGCAUGGCAUCGACCGUUGGAUCAGCUAUGUAUGGUCAAUCAAUGCGGCUCCUUGCGACAUUUAUUGGAAUGGUGUUGUCGUAUAUUGACUGGUACAUAGUCGAUCAACAGCCAGCAGGCGUCCUUGUCUUCGUUGGGAUCACAAUGUUCUUGUCUCACUACCCAUUAAUUAGGUUUCCCGCUCAUGCUGUGCCGCCUAUCGUCGAAAUGGUCACAGUUAUGUUAAUUGUGGGCUAUGCACUCCAGGUGAAGAAAGUGGGGGUCACCGUCUCCGAGUCCAACGAGCAAGAAUAUCACGCUCUAUACGUACUGUCGCCUUAUCGACUCGCUACUGUUGUCGGUGGCAUCGGGGUUGCUUUUAUUUUCACAUAUUUUCCCUCUGCAGCCACGGUCAAAAGCUGCUUCCGACGAGAUCUUGCCACUUUUCUGUAUCUUCUCGCACAUUACUACAGCUCUGUGUACACGACGAACUCUUUAGUAGUCAGAGGCUUGGCUGGGGAUUAUAGCGACAAGAAGAGUCUCGGGAGAGUCCUUGAAAAAGCUCGUACUCGUGUGCUUGCCAAGGAAAUCGUCCUCCUACAGGCAAUGGAAGAGCACAAGUGGUUCUUUCGCUGGGAACCUACUACUGGGGGCAAAUUCCCCAGGGAUGCUUACGAUAAAUUGGCCGAGCAUGCGCGAAACAUACUUCAAUUCUCGGCAACACUAAUCGAAAUCGCGGACUCAUUCCAUCUCACCGGAUCAAUGUCCUCAGAACCGUGGGUAGAAGACAUCAGACGGCUCAUAACUUCCUUGGACUUGAGCUCCCACGAAGUGACAUAUCUUCUCACGACACUAUCAGGCGCCAUCAAAACCGGGAGCCCAUUGCCUCUUUAUCUUAAGGCGCCCAAAAUUCGUCUGCCUACCGAGCUGCUUGCUGCUGCUGCUCCCGACGCGAGCAUCUUUAAAGUAGAAAAUUUCAGCCAGCCGGCGUUUUCAGCGAUUGCUUCGAUGGAGAUCACAAUGAUGGCCCUGGAAGAAGAUCUAUCUCAAUUAUUAUCCGGGACGAAACAUAUUGUGGGAGAGUUGAACUUGUUGACAGACAUUGUCCGCAGGAAAGACUUACCUGCUAAUAUGGAUUCAAUAAUGGGAAUGGAUAAAAGAGAUUGA